GUACUAAAUGGAUAUUAUGCACUUAACUAUCCAUUCAACUACGCGCCUAAGUUAUGCCAAGAUCCUACAAAAAUAACAUUCGAUUUUAUAGUGGUCGGAGGUGGAAGUGCUGGCGCAACUGUAGCAGCACGUUUAAGUGAAAUACGCGAAUGGAAUAUCUUACUACUAGAAGCUGGAGGUGAUCCACCAGAAUCAACUGAAAAUCCUUUUUUAUGGACCCACCAUCUAAGGACAAAAUUUGAUUGGGCAUUUUUUUCGGAAAAAAACCCUUUUCUAUUUAAAGGAAUGGAAGAAGAGAGGUGUAUUAUAUCUAGAGGUCUUGCUCUAGGCGGAUCUUCUUCAAUUAAUGCAAUGAUAUACUUGCGUGGUACUGUAGAAGAUUUUGGACAGUGGAAAAAUAAAUAUAGUUGUCAUGGGUGGGACUAUGAAGAUGUUCUACCGUAUUUUAAAAAGUCCGAAAAUUUUGUUGAUAUUUGUAGAUAUGAUUCGGAAAUUCAUUCACGAGGAGGACCACUGACUGUUACACCAUUAGAAACAUUCGAUCCAGCUUAUAAUGUUAUCGCUAAAKCAGAGGARUCGAUGAAUGUAUUUAAGGUGAAUGAUUUAAACAGAAAAGAACCAGUUAUCGGAUAUGGUAAUUUUGAUUCAACUACUCGUUGUGGCCUUCGAUGUAGUACAUUAAAAGCAUUUUUAAUACCAGCUAGUGAUCGUCCAAAUCUGUAUGUAGCAAAAAAUACAAUUGUUACUAAGAUCUUAAUUAAAAAUGAUGUGGCAGUGGGAGUGAAAUUUAAAUGUUCAUUAGAUGAUAUUAAAUCAGUUUUUUGUACAAAAGAAGUGAUAAUAUGUGCUGGUUCUAUAAAAAGUCCUCAGCUUCUUAUGCUUUCUGGAAUAGGGCCAAAAGAACAUUUAAAUUAUCACGGUAUUCCUACCAUUAAAGACCUACCAGUUGGUUAUAAUUUACAGGAUCAUAUGUCACUUCCAGUAUUAGUAUUUACAGAUCGAAAAUGUAGACCAAUUGAAGACAUAAUAAAGGAGAGUAAUGACUUUUUGAAAAAAGAUUUAAACUUAUAYUCACAAAAUAUAUCAUCACUUGGCCUUAGUAAGCUUAUGACUUUUUAUAAAUCUAACGACGAUUUAGAGUAUCCUGAUAUACAAAUAUUAAAAUUCAGAAUUCCGUUUAACUCAACAAACACUUUUCCAAAUAAAUUAAACGUAUUUACAAACAUGUUUGGAUAUGCUAAAGAAGUAACAGAUUUAUAUGAUGAAUUAAACUUGUUAAGUGACCUAAUAGUUAUGACUCCAAUUAUAUUACAACCAUUAAGCACUGGUAGAGUUAUGUUGAACUCAAAUGAUCCAUUUGAUAAUCCAAAAAUAUUUUUGAACUAUUUAACUUGUGAUAAAGAAAUAGAAACUCUAUUAAAAGGUAUUGAUUUUGUUGUAAAAUUAUCCAAAACAAAAAGUAUGAUUGAUGCUGGGCUAAUAUUAGAAGAGUUGAAAUUACCGAAUUGUAUUGAUUAUGUUUGGAACACCCGAGAUUAUUGGAUUUGUUUUAUUCAGAACUUAGCAGUUCCUUUUUAUCAUGUUGUUGGUACUUGUAAAAUGGGUCCAGAAAACGAUCACCAUUCUGUUGUUGACCUUAAAUUAAGAGUAAAAGGCAUAAUGGGAUUGCGGUUGAUUGAUAGUUCAAUUAUGCCCAAAAUUGUUUCUGUAAACACUAACGCAGCUUCAAUAAUGAUUGGUGAAAAAGGAAGUGAUAUAAUAAAAGAAUGCUAUGGAAAGUUUUGAUGAAUUAGAGAUGAAUUUAAUGAAUAAGAAUAAUUGUUUAUUUCAAUUUGUACAGUGAAACCAAUAACGGAAUCGCAUGGGACCAAACAUUUUUCCGUUAUAAAGAGUUUUCUGUCAUAGACAUUUUAUAUAUUA